AAGCAAUAGAUCACAACAAAUUCAAGCUCACGUUAAUACGUUUCAUACACUUUUAUGCUCUUAAUAAUAUAGUUGUUUUUUACAAAAAUGAUUGAUGGCUACGGUAAUAUAUCUUUCUGGGGAUACAGUCCAUGUAUUAAUCUUUUAGAAUCAGAACCUGAAAAUAAACUCCAAAAGUUGAAAUUGGAAGAUAAUUCAAAUGAAAACGAUCCUGUGAAUAUACUGCUAAUUGGUUCUGCUGAUUUACGACAUGUUUUCAAAACAGUUACCUGUUCAAACAAACAGCUAAAUAGAAAACUGCAUUUUUACAUUCUGGAAAGCCGUCUUGAAAUCUAUGCCAGACAUUUAUUACUCUUGGCAAUUGCUUUACAGUCACCCAAACUGCUUGGACUUCAAGAUAAAGUGGAACUGUACCUGGAGUUAUAUGGAAAUACUUUAAUUCGAAAACAAUCAGUCACAUAUUUACAAAAAAUAUGCAAUGAAUUCAUCAGGAUGAUAACUGACUUUGAUUAUUUGAAAGAGAAGUUACCUAUUGUUGACAUAUCUAGGUUAAAGUUCAAAGAAAGAGACUACCUUGAAGGGAUUCUAAAAUUCUGGCGAAACCCAGAUAAAAAUUUGUUUGAUAUUAGCAUGUGUUGGGAGACCAGAUUACGAAGCUACCUACAAACAAGAUAUGACACCAAAAUGAAUGCUUUUGACUGGGAUUAUCACAUGAGACUUGUUGAAAAAGAGGCCGAUGUAAUAGAUAAGCAUGAAUACAAGAAGUGGAGAAAUAUUGGAGUGGCAUUUGAGAACCGCGAUGGUGACUAUGUUUUACCCAAUACAACCCUAGCUUCAGGAAUAAUUCUAAUGAAGAAUGGCGAAAGAAUAAAUCUGAGAGGUUACUGGGGAGAUAUUUUAGUUGGACCAUAUAUUGCAAUGGGAAUUGAAAGUGACUUUAAAGAACUAUUCAAAAAAUUCAAUGGAUACUACAGAAAGACUGCUCGAAAUGUUACUGAACAUAACCUUACUUCAAUGUUUCAUACAAUAAUGACUGGGGAGACUUAUAUUCCUCCCAAAGAAACUGAUACUACUGACAAUAAAGUUACAGAAGUUACAGAAGAGUUAGAUCCAAAUGAUGCUGAAGUUUCAAAUGUUACCCAAACAAACGAAAAUGUUGGUUAUGAGUCUAUCCCAGUGGAUUCUUUCAAAGUCACAUUUCUUCCUUUUGAUGCAAUCAAGAGUAUGCCUCUAAAAGAACAAUAUAAGCAUUUGUUUGACAUCAUAUAUUUCUCUAAUUCUUCAAUCCAUAAUUUAAUACCAGAAAUAACACCAAUAUUUUCCAAUCAAACAAAAAUCAUUAUUGAAACUGCCAAAUUCAUGUUGGACCUGAGGAAAGAGAAGCUGCAGGAUUUUAUUGAUAAAGCAACUGAGAAAAUUCAUUCAGUUGGUUGUAAGGUAUCAUAUCCUGUUGAUGCACAAAAAGAUGCUUUUAUCAAAUUCAGUUUUGAACGAGAAAACUGUUGACAACUUCAUUUACAUUAUCUCAUCUUCAAUUAUAAAAUGAUAUUGCAAAAAAAAAAUAUGUCAAUGGAAGUUUUCUGCUAAUUUAGAAAAAAGUUUCCAUCUGCAAAUUUUGCAAUUAUAAUUUAACUCAUGAGCACAAAUUCAAUUUUAUAUCUGUAUAUCAGUGGUGUUUAUUUUCAUUGUUGCCAUUGAAACAAAGGACAAAGUCAAUCCUAGUAGGAUUUGAGCUCAAAAUUAAGAGGGACAGAAUAAAGCUAAUGUUUUAGUGUAAGUA